UGCUUGCACGCCCGUCCCGUACAUGUUGCUUUUAUAACCGCGCGGUGCUCUCUCACAGGCCGGCGAUCUGUCUCAGUCUGAAUCUCCCAAUGAGCAAUCCACCUCGUACAGAUGUGCCUUCGCUCCAGGCAGCUGCCGGCCAGCUGCCGCUUCACGGCCGAGUGGCCAUCGUAACCGGUGGCGCUGGCGGCAUCGGCGAAGCGGUGACCACGCACCUCGCCACCCUCGGCGCCCGCGUCGUUGUCGCCUACAUCGGUGACCCGGCGCCCGCGGAGCAGCUCGUCGCGUCACUGAACAGCGCGGCCGUGCCCGGGAUGGGGACGCGCGCCAUCGCGUUGUGCGCAGACGUGUCGGACCCGGCGCAGGUCGAGCGGCUGUUCGACGCGGCGCAGGCGGCGUUCGGCCCUAACCUCCACAUCCUGGUGACCGCCGCCGGGGUCCAGGACGCGGCGUACCCGGCCAUCGCCGACACGGAGCCGGAGCAGUGGGACCGCGCCUUCGCCGUGAACGCGCGCGGCACGUUCCUGUGUUGCCGACAGGCGGCGCAGCGGCUAGUGCGCGGCGGCGGCGGGCGGAUAGUCACCUUCUCGUCGUCGAACGUGGCGUCGCUCCGGCCGGGGUACGGCGCGUACGUUGCGACGAAGGCGGCCGUGGAGGCGAUGACGAAGGUGCUGGCCAAGGAGCUCGCAGGGACGGGCAUCACGGCCAACAGCGUGGCGCCGGGGCCGGUUGCCACACCCAUGUUCUACGCUGGGAAGUCCGAGGAGCGAGUGAAGGCUGUUGCCAGCCAGUGUCCCAUGAAGCGCAUCGGCGAGCCGACGGACGUGGCGCCGGUGGUCGGCUUCCUCUGUAGCGACGCUGCUGGGUGGAUCAACGGCCAGGUGAUUCUGGCUAAUGGUGGGUACAUCUAAAAGUCGAUGCAUUAGCAAAUGCAUGAAAUUUGCGUUCAACAUGCAAGUAUGGGAAAGUCUGGAACAAGAAGAGAGUUCAGCAUGCUAGAUUAAGCAGACGUAUGGUAUGCUGACGUUUGAUAUGGAGUUGAGUUUGAAUAAAACUAGUAUGCAGAUUUGGGUUGAAUAAACAGAUUUGUUAUGUAUCAGUCACAACAAAUCUCAGUCGACUCAGACAUAGUUAAACCCUUGAAUUAAUAAAAUGAGUACGAAGUUAAUUUUUUA